UCGGUAAAUACAUGACAAAUUGUCAUGGGUAAAUAUGUACUGAGUAACUGAUUCAGACGAUCAGUGUAAUACAGACUGUGUGUACGUCCAAUGAUUUAAAGUAUUUGACUACAUCCACUCUUCAUUCUUCAAUAUCUAUUCUUUUGUAUGUGUACGUUUUGUCAUUCUAUCCAUUGUGGACUCCAGUUUCUAUACUCUUGAGAAUUGUGAUCACUGAUAUGGAGUUCAACACCGCUUAUGAUAUAAAUAUAAUUAGUCAAAUUAACGAAGUCCGUGGAUUAUUUGUUGUUGUUGAACAAUUUAAUAGCGGUUCAACAGGAUAUUUUCAAAACUAUUAUAAACGACUUUUAAAUUUUAACGAUUGUAGUGAAUGGUUUGAAAAAUUUGACUAUCCCAUUAUUGAAACUGGAAAGGUAGUAAUUGUUCAAAUUGAUAAAAAGCCCAUAAGUAAUCUUUGGGCACGUGGUAUUGUAUCAAAAUGCCAUCACAAUAAUAGAUGUCCCGAAAUUUAUUUAAUUGACACUCAGAGAUUCACUGACUCAAGCAGCAUGUUAGAAUUCAGAACAUGUCCACCUAAAUUUUUGCAGCUUUUACUUCCGACCUAUUAUAUUGAUAUAGAUCUUCGUUUAGAUGAUGAUGAUUUGAAAGCUGCAAUUGCUAUCUUAAUAAAGAAAAAUCAAUAUGGUGAAUUAAGUUUCAGUUUUAUUCCUGAAUCUUUUGAAAAUAAUAUUUACUCGGGCAAAUUAAUUGUAAAUCAUAAAGUUAAUAAUAUGCAAAUACCAUUGAAAAAGUUAUUAAAAAAUUUCAGAACAAAAAAAAUUUUUGAAGAUAUUCCCCUGUACAAAGAGCGUCAAUAUUCAAUUUUCAAUCCAAUAGAAUUAAAUUAUUUGAAAAAUAUUUUUAUGCCAAGGGAACCGAAUAAUAUGUUGUUUUUAGAAAAUGAUUUAGUUUCAAGUUGCUGUGAUUUAAGUGCUCUUAAUGAUUCAAGUAUAAAUCUGUCAUAUAAUUCUACCAAUGAAUUUUCCUCAACAUCUAAUUACUCUGAAAGUAUCUGCUUUAGCGAUGACUCAGAAUUAAAAAUCCAUAAAUUAGAAAAUGGUUGUAUUACUCCAAUAGAAAAACAAAAAAUUUACUCUUCUAAUAAUUCUUUGAUGAGUAAGAGCAGCUCUUCCUUACAAUCAUUAACUUCUAAUAAUAAUAAUUGCUCUAUGCCAGAAAUAAAACAAUGUAGCGAUUUUAUUAUAACGAGAAUGUCCGAAUUAACAGUCACUGGAUGUGAGCAGAAUAACAAGUCAACUUUAACUGAUCAAGUAUUAGAAAUACCUAAACUACAAUCAAAAUCACUAAACAACAAAAAAGUGGUGAAUACUACAAUGGAAAAUUCAGAUAUAUGGUGGUCUGAUGAUGAUGAAAGUUGAAAUAAGUUAAUAACUCAUUGAUUUUAC